AUGUUACAAUUCAAAUUAGUUUUAUUAGGUGAUUCUUCAGUUGGUAAGUCAUCUAUUGUUUAUAGGUUUGUCAAAGAUUCAUUUGAUGAAUUCAGGGAAAGUACUAUCGGUGCCGCAUUUUUAUCUCAAACGAUUACUUUGGAGGAAAACAACCAAGUAAUUAAAUUUGAGAUAUGGGAUACAGCUGGUCAAGAACGUUAUAAAUCAUUGGCCCCUAUGUACUAUAGAAAUGCAAAUGCAGCAUUGGUAGUGUAUGAUGUUACGGCUCCAGAUUCGCUGAUGAAGGCUAAAAGUUGGAUUGAAGAAUUGAAAAAAAAAGUAGGUAACGAGGAAUUAGUCAUAUGUUUGGUUGGGAAUAAAGUUGACAUAUGUGAAGAAGAUGAUACAAAGAGAAAAAUUGAAUUUGAAGAGGCUAAGGAUUGGGCAAAUGACGAAAAUCUGUUGUUUUAUGAAGUUAGUGCAAAAACAGGUUAUAAUGUAAAAGAAGUUUUCCAAAAGAUUGGUGAACAAUUAUAUGAAUAUAAGAAAGCAGAACAGGCAAAUAAAGGCACCCAAGAUAAUAGCAACAUUACAUCCAACAUUAGAUUACAAGAGCCACAAGCUUCAAACCCUACAUCCUGCUGUUAG